AUGACAACUUUACCGACUCUCGACAUUCAUAAGAGCACGCCUGCUGUUGUCACAUGGCAAUGGAACGAUUCGACGUGUUACUUGGCCGAGCCCGACCCUCAAAUCAAGCGUGUAACAUUUACCACUCGCUUCGACACGACAUGUGCCUUCUUUGAGCUGAGCAUACCCAUCAAACUCAAAGGCAUCAAAACCUCUUCAUCCAUCGUCCUUCGAAUCCCCCCUUCCUCUAUCGCCUCUUUCGACUUUGUUUCGUCUACGACGGCCCCCGAAGUCAUACAUAGCAAGUUCAACUCGACUACAGUUUGUCUUGACUUGCAGCUCAACCAACAUAUACAAAUCCUUGUUCCCGCAGACUCUCAUGAACCGUUGCAUCCGAUACGAGCACAGGGUGGAAUAGUCCUUGAUGCUGUUCGUCAGUUAGCAAAUGUCACCUCAUUUUCCAUCUACAUUGAAGCACUCGCGCUUUCGAACACGCAGUUACAAUCUGUCCGUGAUGUGAUAAGCCAAGGUCUCGCACCGGUGUAUAACGAUGAUCUUGCUAGCAUGUAUGGAGGCUCGGGAGCCAAGAUCAUCAAUCUUCCUGUCGAUCCCAUGUUGUUACCGCCGCCAACUUACGACGAAACCGAGCCUCCACCUCCCAGCGCCCCAAUCUACGACAGGAAACGAUAUCGCAAAGAUAGCCGAGACGAGCGUAACGAAGAUGUCGCCUUAAUCUGGGCCCAGCUUACAAUGAUGCAAAACGAUGAUGCACAACGGAUGAAAGAAUUGAAGCGGGAGAAUGAUGACCUCAAGUACGAACUAGCAGAGCUACGUGAUAAGUUCACAACGCUUCUGGCCCGGCAAAAGAACUUGGAAGAGGAGUUCGGGGCAUUGGAGACCUCAACACAACUUAGAAUGGAGGACUUGGGGGAUGAAAUGAGUGUCAAGAUGACAGAAUUAAAUGAGGAUACCCAAGCGUUGAGCCUCCGGGUUGAUCACAUCGAAGAGGAGCACGACGAGGAUGAGUUGGUGGAUAAAACGAAGGAUAGAGUUCUUGACCACCUCAGAACAUCUAUGUCUGUGUCUAUUGACUGA